GCGCUGCGGUCUGGUAUGAGCUGGCCGUGGUGAACGAGACCGUUGACGCCUUGGCGGUGGCGAGUCUUUUUUCGACUUUGGGAUGGCAUGUCGAGCAUGAUCAGAGUGAGCAUCCUGAUGCCGAGAAGGAGGAGUAGCCUGACGCCGCCUUCUGUCUGGAUGUAUCAUGGAAUCCUCUGUCGCAUCUGGCGUGUGUUUCCGCUUGUGCGGUACAGUUGCUGCAAGCGGCAUAUCACCAUCCUUUACAGCUGAGCUAUGGUCAUGACUGGUCUCUGCAGCGCCUGGAGACUGCAUGCGCACGAUGCCUUGUGUGUCUGUGUCGCGAUCUAUGCUGCUUUGUCUCAAACUUCAAAAAUUGUUGCCAUUCGUCGUGUGAGCCUGUGCAGUGUGUACAGCUCGGCGAUGGUCUGGAGGCAGGUCAACGAGGACAUACAAAGACGGAGCCAUGCCAUGCUACGAUGCAGGCUAUGAACAGCCGCGACUAGAUACACAGAUUACAGCUUGCUAUGCUAUCUUUGGCAUGUAGAGCCAUACAAUUCC